UUGCCCCUAUUCUCGUGUUUUCCCCCCCUUCACAACCGCCGGAGCACGGAGCAACUGGAGCAGAUCAACCACGGCGUUUUUAGUUUAGCACCGGUGUUUCUUUCUUUUGUCCUCAGGUUCACGAUCUGAGGCCGGCCACCCCCUCUUUCUGGCUUCUCAACAAUGAGCGCUUCAAGGUUCAUCAAGUGCGUCACCGUUGGAGACGGAGCUGUUGGCAAGACUUGUCUCCUUAUCUCCUAUACCAGCAACACCUUCCCCACUGAUUAUGUGCCUACAGUUUUUGACAAUUUCAGUGCAAAUGUGGUUGUAAAUGGGAGCACUGUUAACCUAGGAUUGUGGGAUACUGCUGGACAGGAGGAUUAUAACCGGCUAAGACCUUUGAGUUAUCGUGGGGCAGAUGUUUUUAUAUUGGCAUUCUCUCUCAUUAGCAAGGCCAGUUAUGAGAAUGUUUCUAAAAAGUGGAUCCCAGAGUUGAAGCAUUAUGCACCAGGAGUACCUAUUGUUCUGGUUGGAACUAAGCUUGAUCUUCGAGAUGAUAAGCAGUUCUUUAUUGACCAUCCUGGUGCAGUUCCUAUUUCAACAGCUCAGGGAGAGGAGCUUCAAAAGCUGAUUGGUGCUCCUGAAUACAUCGAAUGCAGCUCAAAAACUCAGCAGAAUGUGAAGGGAGUUUUUGAUGCAGCAAUUAAGGUUGUACUUCAACCUCCAAAGCAGAAGAAAAAGAAGGCCAAAGGUCAGAGAGCGUGCUCGAUAUUAUGAGCAAAGCUGUAGUUGUGGAAACAUGACACCACCCUUUGUCUGCCUGUAUUCUCUCAUUCUUCUUUUUUUCUUUCUUUCUUUCUUUCCUUUUGAUUCUGUAGUGGCCUAAAAGUCUGAUUUAUUUUUCUGUCCCGGAAUACACGCAAUCUCUGUGAAGCAUCAUCGGGUAGUUUGUUACCUCUUUUCCUGGGAAUCACGUGGUAUCGAAUUAGAAGAGACGACAUGCUCCUCCGUGCUCACCUUAUACUACUAGCCUUUGUGGUUCUAAAUAUGUACUGAUAGAGAUAUGGAUACUGGAAUGUGAGGGAGGAGUAUGGUUGAAAAGGGCAUUAGGAGUAUAUGCUUGAAAUGAAAAGUGUAUGUAUGGAGGGAAGAAGUGGGUGCUUGCUUCAAAGAGGAACGAACAUUGGUGGAUUCUUUUAUUUAUGAAUUUGCAUUCUGACUUUGACAAUAGUGGUUUUGUUUGUGUAGCAUAGAGCAUAAAUAGUUCUUUGGAGUUGUUUUUACUUCAAAUGAAGCUGCCAAGCUUGAGUUGCUUGACUUUUUCUU